AUGAAAUACACCAUUGCGAAGACCAAGGAUCGAGACUCCUUUACACAACUCCUGGAUGACUCGUUGGUCAACUUUCGGCGGCAGCUCCUGCAGAAUGCCUUCGAGAAAAAUGAAGGAAGCCGUGACAGAGGACCUACUUCACGGCCUCGCUCCACCAGCGGAGGCAGUAGCCAUAGCAACGGCCAUGGCUAUGGCGGGCGUGGUGUCGCCGGGAGCAAGACCGGGAGCAGUGCAGGUGCUAUCGUUUCUGCUCGAGACUCACACUCACUGAAAACUCUUCCACGGGGCGGCCGAGGUGCUGACCUCUACAAGCCGAACAUCGAGUCGCCGCGUCAGGAAGCGAAGGAAGCGAAGGAAGCGAAGGAAGCGAGUACCGACGCCGGUUCCACGGCCGUGACAUUCAAAGGCCGCAAGGAGGAAGAGGGUCUGAGAUUUACGGUGCAAUCAGAUCCGACCGCCUCAGGGCACUCGGGCAAUUCUCUAAAUUCGGGGGCCUCGGAUGGAAGCGAAGGUAUCCCAGUGGCACCGGGUCUAAGUCCCAACCAGCCAGCGCCCUACUUGCGAAGUCGCUUGGAGGGCCUCAGCCCAGAGGAGCAGAAGGCCAUCCGCCGCAGGCUGCGGCUGCGCUUGGGCGCCUUGAGCUCCACCAAGCUGGUGUCUGGAAGCUCACUGUACGAUGCCAUUCGUGCGCUGGGCUUAACGAGAUAUACCUUGGAAGAGAUGAAUGAUAUUGUGAAUUUGCUCGCAGCCUUCAUCGGUUUGCAAUUCGAUCAGACAGAGAACCACCGCUACUCCUUAAAUGCGGCCUUGAACAUGGUGCAAGAGGAGUUUCAGAAGUUUGGCACGCCUUAUUGGCAGUGGCCACCAUACCGAGAUAGCACCUUGUCGCAUGGCUCGCUCCAACGUGGGGCAACGACCAUGAACGUGUGGUCUGAGAAACAGGCGCGGGAGCAGUACAACGUGGUCCCCGCACAGGCCUUGAUGGAACUCUUCUUGGCCGAGGAAGGUGAUAUCCACAAACGCAUCUUCGGAAGUCGUUUGUUGAAGACGUUCCACGCGAUUCGGGAGAUCCUCCUGGCGGGGGACACCAAUCGCUUGGUGGCGGAGCUUACAUUUGUUAGAAUCAAUGACCUUGCAGCCCCGCCUGAGCCAAUGCAUCCCUUGGUCCUGCUCGAGCCGUUUGUUGCCUUUCUGAUCGUGCUCAAUGGCAUCAUGAUCGGAUUCCAGACCGAUCCGAAGUAUGGCGACUGGGAGGGCUGGCCCUACUUCGAAAUUGGCUUUGCGUGUUUUCUGGUGCUGGAAAUUUUGACUCGCAUGCAUUUGCUGGGUUGUGGUGGAUUUUGGUGCGGCCCGGAACUGAUGUGGAACUACUUCGAUCUUUUCCUGGCCGGCACUGGUUUGGUGGACAUCAUUGUCCAGCAGACGUCCAAUGAGAAGUCUGGCAUCUUCGGAACCUCCUUGUUGAGGUUCUGUCGAUUGAUACGAUUGGUCCGCAUUGUGAAGAUCUUCAGGCUGAAGGCCAUGAGAGACUUGCGGCUCAUGGUGAAGGGGCUCAUCGCAGGGAUCAAGACGCUGGUGCUGGCCUUCACUCUCCUAUUCUCGGUGCUUUACGUCAUUUCAGGCUUUGCCACCAUGACCCUUGGAAGUUACGAUGAGACUGUGGCAUUGGGUUUGAUGAUCUAUUUCCAGUCGCUACCCGAUUCCAUGUUCACGGCAUUCCGCUGCUUCACCGGGGAAUGUGUCAACGAGGCAGGAGAGCCGUUGACCCAUCUCCUUGCGCGAGAAUAUGGUUUGGUUUUCAUCUUGUCAUAUGUGAUGAGUUAUAUGCUGGUAACCAUGGGCAUCUUCAAUGUAAUCCUGGCAGUCUACGUGGACAUCACCAUGAAAGCUGCCAAGGAGAACGAGGCUCAGACUGCGGAGCAGCAUUUUCGCGAAUCCAUUCGCAUCGCUCGCACAACGCGAGAGUUGCUGAAGAAAUUCGCUGCAGCUUAUCACCUGUACCAAGACCUGGAGGAGAACAGUAGCAGCAACAUGGAAACGUUCGAGAUUCGCGCCUCCGCUGCCCUCUUCACCGACGACGAGUUACAGGAGAACAUCGAGAUCACCAAAGAGCUUUUCCUGCUGGUGAUUCAAGACAGAGAUGUGCAACUACUGAUGGAUGACCUGGAUUUGCCACCGGACCGGGCGAAUCUCUUUGAGAUCAUCGAUGCCGAUAGCAGUGGAACGCUUCAUAUCGCCGAGUUGGUGCAUGGACUUCUGAAGAUCCGUGGCGAAGUGAACAAGAGCGAUACGAUUGCGACCUUGUUGGCCACCAAAGCCGUCCAGAACAUGCUGACCGAAACGAAAUGUCAGGUCCUGAACAACUUGGACGACCUGAAGACCGAGUUAUUGGGCCUGAUCUUCGAGCAGCAAGUGAAGCUGCGUAAGGCCAUCGCGGCCACUGUCAGCUCCCCCGAAACUGGCAGCAGCUUGUCUGACUCGCCGCGUCGCGGCCGCAGCGGCGGGCGGUCCGGGUCGCCGGGAGUCAUCCGCUCCAACUUGGACAGCCGCGGUGGACGGACAGCCGCGAUGUCCGCCAUGCCAUUGGGGCGGAUGAAAGCGCCACAAAAACCGGAAGUGGCUGAAGAUUCAGACGCUGUACCCAUCCCUCCCGAGGAGUGAGAUGGCCACGGCUGGCAAGCCAUCCAAAACCAUCCCAAAGAGGUGGUUUAUAGAUGUUGAAUGAUGUUUAUAGCAUA